AUGGAAACUCUGCUCAAACUUCCAUUCCCUAUCUUCUCUAACAACCCAAAUAUCCUCAUGACAAAACCCACCAAACCCUUGAAAGUUUCAAUCAAACCUCCACCACCAGGCUUUGAUUUCAGGUCAGAUAUUUUGCAAGAAUCUAGAGCCACAAUUGCAAGAACCUACCCUGAAUUGCUUGACUUGGCUAAUGAAGGCACCUUAGUUUUGGUUGAGAAGAAACUUUUUGGUCCUGUACCUGCUUGGAGGACUGAGUUUGUUGAGCCAGAAGGAAUAUGGUUGGUUGGGACUAAUCAUAUUUCUAGUCAAUCUUCGGCUCAAGUGGAGAGAGUGGUCAGGACUGUUAACCCUGAUAAUAUAGUAGUUGAGCUAUGUAGAAGCAGAGCUGGAAUUAUGUACACUUCCAAUGAAGGUGAGGUCAACCAACAACUAAGAUCAAGUGUGUUCUCUUUGAGUGGAACUGGAUUUUUCGGGGCUGUCGGCCGUAGCAUAAACUUGGGAGGUCAAACAGCUUUAGCAUUGCGUCUACUUUUAGCCCUUUUCUCAUCAAAGAUUUCUUCUGAUGUCAACCGGCCUUUCGGAGAUGAGUUCCGAGCUGCCCUAAAAGUGGCUGAAGAAAUUGGUGCUCAAAUAGUCUUGGGGGACAGGCCAAUUGAAAUAACUCUUGAAAGGGCUUGGAAUUCUCUGAAAUGGAGUGAGAAGAUCAGUUUAGUGACUGCAGUUGUUCGCGGAAUUACCUCAUCAUCUGAUAUAUCUAAGAGCAAUUUCGAGGCAUCAAGCACAGAUGAUGGAACCUUUCAGCUCUACGAGCAGCUCGGUUUUUCAUAUCCAUCACUCCUGCAGCCUCUUAUACACGAACGAGACACUUAUCUUGCAUGGUCUCUAAAACGAAGCAAAGCUGUGAACAGCAGUAAAAGAGUGGUGGGGGUGAUAGGAAAAGGCCAUAUGAAUGGUGUAAUAUAUGCAUUGGUAUCAGAUCAGGGAAACCUGCGGUUUCGAGACCUUGCCGGAAGAAGGUCAUCAGGAGGUGGUGAUGGGUCUAAUGGCUUUGUUACUGGUCUUGUUAAGAGCUUUGCAAGAGAUACUGUCAUUGGCGUUCUGCUGUGGCAAUUGUAUGAACAAAUCAAAGGUUCAUUGUAG